AUGUUUCAACACAGCUUGGGCCGACAUACAACGGCAGCAUUCAACGGAUGCGUGCUUUUUGAUGGCAGUCAUCGAGGAUCAGAAAAUGGAUUUUCUACAGCUAAGGACUUUAGAGAGGAAUCAUUAAAGGUUCUCAUUACUAGUCCCAAAGUAUUUUCCAGCUCUCUGUGGCUCUGCUGGUGUUCUGGGACCAUUUUGCUGGACACAUUGAAAGCACGCUUCAGCAGUGCAAAGGCACAGUGCUUCCUGAAUUCAGCCCAUCUUUUGGGAUUCAACAAGGAGAACCAAGACUGGAAGACAGAGCUACAGCAGGAUAGAGAGUUGAAUACACCCUCCAGAGGAUACCAGAGGUUUAUAUGUGCUCUCUCAUCUUGCAAACCAGGAUUUGGAGUGGAUCAAUUACGAGAUGACAAUCUAGAAACUUACUGGCAGUCAGAUGGCUCCCAGACUCAUUGGAACAUCCAAUUCAGAAGAAAAACAACAGGAGAGACAUUAUGUAUUUAUGUGGACUACAAAUCUGAUAAAAGAUAUACUCCAAGCAAGAUCUCAGUCAGAGUAGGAAAUAAUUUUCACAAUCUUCGAGAAAUUCGGCAACUUGAAUUGGUGCAACCAAGUGGCUGGAUUCACGUUCCCUUAACUGAUAAUCAUAAGAAGCCAACUCACACAUUCAUGAUACAGAUUGCUGUUCUAGCCAAUCAUCAGAAUGGAAGAGAUACCCACAUGAGACAAAUUAAAAUAUACACACCCGUGGAAGAGAGCUCCAUUGGUAAAUUUCCUAGAUGUACAACUAUUGAUUUCAUGAUGUAUCGCUCAAUAAGGUGACCUUGAAAUAGAACAAAAGUCAUUAAACAUAUCUUUAUCUUGUCAGUAAAUAUUAAAUCUGGUAUCUUUAUUGAAAAAUGCAUCAAUUAUUUUGCAA